GAAGAAGACAUCAUGUAUGAAAUUUACAACAACGGGCCUGUUCAAGCAUCAUUUCGUGUGAUGCAAGACUUCUUCAGUUAUGCUGGUGGCAUCUAUCGCAAACUUCCUCAAGCAAAUACUAAAACUUCUCGUCAAGGCUGGCACUCUGUGAGAAUUAUAGGUUGGGGUGUUGACAAAAUAGAUGGAGACCAGACAAAGUAUUGGCUAUGUGCCAACUCUUGGGGACAAGGCUGGGGUGAGGAAGGUUACUUCCGCAUUGUUCGAGGUCAAAACGAGUGCGACAUUGAAUCCUUCAUUGUUGGAGUGUGGGCGAAAAGAAAUCACUUGAAACGAUUUAAAUUUCUUCCUUAAUUUAAACUUGGUUGAUGUGACGAUCACAAAAAAUUAUUGCUGCUUCGAAAGCUUUUUUAAUUAAAUCAAUAUCUAGUUUUGAGGGAACGCAUUCAUGUGGAUGCAUUACAACUAGAAGGUGUUAAAAUAUCAACUUUUGUUAAGUGCUGGUGUACAAUAGUGGUUCCCAACCACGACUACGUGAUAACCUAUGAAAACAUUUAAAUAAUAAUAGUAAUAAUAGCGUAACGCCUCAACAUUGGAGGGCAGUCUCGGUGAUUUAUCAGUGUUUUUCUCUAACCAGCGCUCAACGUUAGCAUAUUAACUUACCCUUGAAGCAUUUAAUUUUAUUUAGCUUUUUAUUUAUGUAAAAUAGUCUUUAUUUUUCUUUUUUUUUAACAAAUUAUAUCUGUCAGAGGUAUGCCACUGGCUCAAAAGUUAUAAUGAGGUCAUGCAGCGAAGAAAAAGGUUGGGAACCACUAGUGUGAAAUAACCGUAUGAAAAUUUACAUUUUUGUCAAGGCAAGUUAAGAAAAACUCGUUUUAGAUUAGUAGUUUAUGUAAGUUUGCUAUUUUAAUGCAUAACAAUUCUCUGUGCUUAUAGAUUAGUGAGGUUGAGCAAAAUUUUAAGUUUUGUUUCUGGUAAAUGUACUAAUUGAAACUUGUACAAGUUGUUGUCUUACAUCUAGACGCUCUUAUGAAGUGGUUACCAUAAUAAAACUACGGCCGAAAAUAGUGUUAACAGUGAGGGCACCCGAGUAAUGAAACAAUUCAUUAUUAUCAUUGUAAGGUAGUAUGGACAGUAUAAUUAGUCAUGUUCAAUAAAACAUAUCUACAUUGGUAGCUUGUUUUGAUCAGAAGUUGAUUAAACCUACACUAUAAUCCAAAAUCUUAUUUUACAAAAUAAAAUGGGAUAAUUUUACAGUUUUCUUGUUAGUUUGUUUAGAUGGUUUAUUUUUAGCCACCGGUAGUGCCAUUUGUAGUUAUUUUUUGUACUGUUUUGUCUUUAAGAAACUGUUAUUAUAUUUUCUUUAUAUAAGGUAAGUUUGAGCUUUGGUGUAAAAUACAAUCAACUUUUAUAAAUUUGUGAACCAUGUCACUGCCAACUUCUUAAUUUAUGAAAUAUUUUCAAAAUAUAGCUGCCUUCUG